AUGACUCUGGAGUCCAUCAUGGCGUGCUGCCUGAGCGAGGAGGCCAAGGAAGCCCGGCGGAUCAACGACGAGAUCGAGCGGCAGCUCCGCAGGGACAAGAGGGACGCCCGCCGGGAGCUUAAGCUGCUGUUGCUGGGAACAGGAGAGAGUGGCAAGAGUACGUUUAUCAAGCAAAUGAGAAUCAUCCAUGGGUCAGGGUACUCCGAUGAAGACAAAAGGGGCUUCACCAAACUGGUGUAUCAGAACAUCUUCACAGCCAUGCAGGCCAUGAUCAGAGCUAUGGACACACUCAAGAUCCCAUACAAGUAUGAGCACAACAAGGCUCAUGCACAGUUAGUUCGAGAAGUUGAUGUGGAGAAGGUGUCUGCUUUUGAGAAUCCAUAUGUAGAUGCAAUAAAGAGUUUGUGGAAUGAUCCUGGAAUCCAGGAAUGUUAUGACAGACGACGAGAAUAUCAGUUAUCUGACUCUACCAAAUACUAUCUGAAUGACUUGGACCGCGUAGCCGACCCUUCCUACCUGCCUACGCAGCAAGAUGUGCUUAGAGUUCGAGUCCCCACCACAGGAAUCAUCGAGUACCCCUUUGACUUACAAAGUGUCAUUUUCAGGAUGGUCGAUGUAGGGGGCCAAAGGUCAGAGAGAAGAAAAUGGAUACACUGCUUUGAAAAUGUCACCUCUAUCAUGUUUCUAGUAGCGCUUAGUGAAUAUGAUCAAGUUCUCGUGGAGUCAGACAAUGAGAACCGAAUGGAAGAAAGCAAAGCACUCUUUAGAACAAUUAUCACAUAUCCCUGGUUCCAGAACUCCUCAGUUAUUCUGUUCUUAAACAAGAAAGAUCUUCUAGAGGAGAAAAUUAUGUAUUCCCACCUAGUUGACUACUUCCCAGAAUACGAUGGACCCCAGAGAGAUGCACAGGCAGCUCGAGAAUUCAUCCUGAAGAUGUUCGUGGACCUGAACCCAGACAGUGACAAAAUUAUCUACUCCCACUUCACGUGCGCCACAGACACCGAGAACAUCCGCUUUGUCUUUGCCGCAGUCAAGGACACCAUCCUCCAGUUGAACCUGAAGGAGUACAAUCUGGUCUAAUCGUGCCUCCCAGAAACCUGCCCUUCCCUUCCCUGGUGGGCUAUUGAAGAUAUACAAGAGGGACUGUAUUUCUGUGGAAAACAAUUUGCAUAAUACUAAUUUAUUGCCGUCCUGGACUCUGUGUGAGCGUGUCCACAGAGUUUAUAGUAAAUAUUAUGAUUUUAUUUAAACUAUUCAGAGGAAAAACAGAGGAUGCUGAAGUACAGUCCCAGCACAUUUCCUCUCUAUCUUUUUUUUAGGCAAAACCUUGUGACUCAAUGUAUUUUAAAUUCUCAGUCAUGCACUCACAAAGAUAAGAGUCGUUUCUCUCUUUCUCUCUCUUACUCUCUUUCUUUUCUAUUGAGCAAAACAAAACUGAUUUCCCCUUUCCUAAUCCAUACCUCCCUCCUGAUUUUUUUCCCCCAGGUUACAAUGGCCUUUAUCCUAGUUCUAUUCUUGGUCAAGUUUUUCUCUCGAAUGAUACAGUCAGGACAAUGUCAUUCGAUUUAAGCCAUCCUACAUCAGCUUAACCUAACACUUUGUAGUUUUUGCUGAAGGAUUACAUGUAUUACUACUAUGGUUUUCAAUGUAUUGCUCUGGAUACACAUCUAGUGUUUCUUUUAUAUAUACAUAUAUAUAUAUAUGUGUAUAUAUAUUGUCUCGUCUAACUGGACUGGGACAAUGGAUGCCCAUCAAACAGUUAAGCAUCAUUUCUUUGAGUUUUGACCUUCAGGCAUAGUUCAUGAUUGCUCAGAGAAAUGCACAGAAGUUCGAGGGCAUGGGCAAAGACACACAGAAGGAGUCCUUUCUUUUGAAAUCCAUGUGCCAUUGUUCUUUCUCCCUUCCCUGCUGAAUGUCCCCCCCAACACACACCUUUUCUUUAAAUCACAGAUGCCAAAAAACAUGCCAACAGACACUACAUUGCCCCAAUGGCUGCUACCCAGAACCUUUUCAUAGGUUAUUUUUCAUUUUUGUUUUUGUUUUUUGGUUCCAACAUUUUUUUAUUUUUUCCUUUGCAUUUGGGCCACAAUUUUUAAAUAUUUUUUUUAUUAUGGGUAUGUGUUGCCAAAGCUGGCUUUUUGCAAAACAAAUUAAGAACUUCAAAAAUAAAAGCCAGCAUCUUAAAUGUAAGAGAGUAAGACUGUGAGGCUGAAGAUGACUGGCUGAGAGAAUCUAUCAGUUGCCAAAUGAUCGGUAACUGUAAAUCUGAUGCUCAUGGUCCAUUCUUUUCUUUGCCCUUCAGAUCACGUGGCUUAGUGUCCAGUCCCACGUUGAGUGUCCCAGAUCAGCACUGUAGAAAAGUGUCGUGUGUGGUUUAUCAUGAAAUCUGCUCAUGUCUGUUAUUGGAAGCCAGUUUUACUCGCUCUUAUGUCCUUUAAGUUCAAGUAAGUCUGCCAAGAACAUUGGUUGAUAGUAUUAUCCUGACACCUUUAAAUUGCAAAAAAAAAAAAAAAAAAAAAAAAAAGUGACUGCUGGUUUAUCUCCUUCAGGAUCUUCUUGAACUGGUGACUGAUUGAGUUGAACUUAAGGAAUUUUUGUGGACUUAAAAGUAACCUCUCAGUGUUCCGUUGAACAUGUAUCUCUGUAACUGAACCUCUUAAGAGAGAUGUUUGGAAUUCUACAUGUGCAAUUUUUCAACACAUGCAAAAAAUACAGCACAUGUAUCAUGAACUUCUGCCAAGCAGCCUAAAUUGAGAUGUGAUUUAAGAAAUCAUGAUUGUUUUAAAGCUGCUGGGAAGUUAGCAUGAGGCCAUGACUCUGGUCUCAGUAGUACCAUUGGGCACUAGUCUAAACAUCCAUAUAAAUCACUUUUUUGAAUAACAAAGGGGAGGGAGAAAAUUAACAGCUUUUGAGUACCAAAGUUACUGAAUAGUAAUGAAAUGUUCUCAUUUUUAAUUCUCCCAGCCUCAAACAACAUGGGUUACUUUUUUUUUUUUCUUUACUCAGAAAGCACCUGUAAUUUAAUUAACAGACUGCCUGUAGGUAUAGUGCAAUUACGAAUGCUCUAAUCGUUGUACAUACAUCUCUCUUGAUAUUGCAGCAUCCAUACUGGCUUUGUAAUCAUUAAUUUUUUUGGCAGAUUGAAUGUGCUGUAUUGAUAUGUAUCUAUGUAAUUGUAUUGUAUGUCUUAUAGCUAAUUCACAUUUUGAAUAAUGUUAUUUUAUUUACUUUUUUAAGAGAGGAGAAUGUAAAUUUGUCAGUUUAUUUCUGACUAGGGAUAUUUUUUUCCAUUUAGAAAAGAAGAAAAAAACAAAAACCUUACUAUCGUACAGAGCGGUACUAGCAUCGUGCUGUAUAAAAUCAUUUGCACAUUCCUGAGUAGAGGUAUACUGAUUCUAAGACCCAAAGGUAAUUUCAUAGCAAAAUACAUAAAAUCAGUCGGAGCUUUUAUACAAACAUGGAAACCAACUUUGUAGAACUUUUGCCAUUUGACCUAGGAUUGGAAUAUGAGCUUUUAUACAAUUCAUAUUCUUAUUUGGCAAAUGCACAGUUUAGUAUUACCUCUCUGAUGGCCUUUAUUAGAGAAAGGCAGUUUUAGAAGCUAUUGUGAUCCACUAAGGAAAUGUUUUAACAGCUAGAGACCACUGCUUGCCUGAAAGGGCGAUCUUAAAUUUGGUGCAGCAAAAAAAAAAAAACAAAACAAAAAAACAAAAACAAAACAAAAAAAGUAAACAGCAACAUUUGAAGGCCUACAGUGUGUAUAGAGAAAACCUCAUCACAAGAUCAUAAGUGUUACAGUUUUAGGGAAUCAAGAUAUUCUAUUUAAUAGAGCUAUAGUAGAUGUAGUCGAUUAAACCUGAUCUCAAAGCUCGAAGAAGCUGAGCAAAACAGGGAAAGAUUGUUAUAUUUGUCUUUAUGAAGUUGGGAUGGAAUUUGCUAUGCAGAAUUGAGGUUUGUGGCUUUGCUGCUUAUCCUAGGGUGCAUGACAGGAUCCCUUCUUUUGAGAAAGGAAAAAAUUGAUCACCCUAGCUGCAGUGAGGCAUAGAAACCUAAUUGUAUCCACACUAGUCAAUCGAAGCGACAGGAUUUUUUGUUGUUGUUUCUUUGGGGUUUUAUUGAAGGGGCGAGGGGCGGGAAGGGAUUCUUUUCAGUUUUGUAUAAAAACAAAGUUUACUCAUGCUUUCUAUUCUAUUGUGAUUGCUCUAAGCGUGUGCCACUGGACUCCUGUUGUUGAUGCUCUAGGUAAUGGAGGCUUGUGGCGAGUUUUAUGGUGACUUGGGCAUGUCUUAUUGAAAAACAAAAACACAAAACACAGAAACCUUUCUUCAGCAUACCAAGGCAAGCAGCCAUUUCAUGACUCACAUAACACAUUGCAGUGUACCAGUUUACAGAUAAUUUUUCCUUUUUUUUUUUUUUCCUUAUUUUUGUUUCUGCUUGAUGCGGCAGUUCCAACCCAUAGAGAAUUCCUUAUUUGUAAAUUGGAGGUUUUUACUAUGCCUUACAGAGCUUAAAUUCAGAAGUUUGUGCCUCAUAUCUGAAACAAAGGGAAACAACACACUCUUUCAAAAAUCAGUAAAUCCCCUAGAAGUUAUCAGGGAUUUUUUUUUUUUCUUUCUUAACAUUUCCAUGUAAAGAGCUCUGUCUAUAGGGGUGGGGGUGGGGGAAUCUUAGGAACCUGCACUUGUUAUUCACUAGCAGAUGACAUCUACAGAAGGUAUUUGAACACCAGAAACUUUUGUUUUCUUUUUCUUUCUUUUCUUUCUUUCUUUUUUUUUUUUUUUUUUUUUUUUUUUUUUUUUUUUUUUUUGUAGAUCCUAGCAGGCCUGAUAUUUUAAAAAGGUAAUUCAGUUAAAGGGCAAUUUACUUUUUUGUACUUCAGACUAUCUUGAUUGUCAAGGUGUACGAACUGUAAUUUUUAAAUUUAUACUGCCACAUGAUUGUAAAUUUUAGUUGUCUUAAGUUAGGAAUUGGUGGAAAGCUAUUUAUGCUGGAUUUGGGUCAAAAUGACUAUUAUUUGCAAAAAAAUAAAAAUAAAAAAUAAUAAUGGGAAGAAAGGGCUGCAUAAUAAGAUACUGCAAGACUCAGAUAUUGGUUGGAAAUUCCCCUCAGAUUAUCCUCAAUUUCCCUUUGUUUUCACUUUCUCAGAAAGAACGAAUGAAAUGAAAUAUAGCAGAAUGUUAACCCAUAUAAAAAUAAAGUGUACCCAAAUAUUGUAAUGCAUAUUGCUGCUCUUCUUAAAAUCAGACAAGGGUCUUACACCACUUAAUUGGCGACUAACAACAUCUCAAAUUGAUGCAAAUAAGGUGUGCUUGGUAUACAUUCAUAUUUUCUUCCAAAGAGAUAUCUUUGGUUAGAAACACACACAAAAAUUAAAACUAAUAAUAUCAUAUGUUUAACUAUUUCUACAUAUUUCCAGCAUAUGUAGCAUUAAUAGAUCUGUCCUGGUACCUGUGUCUUGGGGAUUUCAUUUCAGUUCCAUCAAAUUAGGAAGAGAAAUGGCUUAGUUGUAUAUGAUUAGCUAGAUGUUUUUGGAGCCAGACACCUGCUAUUUAGUAGAUAACUUAGUACAGAGUCUAAACUUGUCAUUUGUUUUUCUCACAGAGUAACCAUUUCCUGCUCUCUUCCCUACUACCACUGCCCUUUCAAUAACACUCUUGCCUCUAGAAUCAUAUGUUCCAAGUAUGCAUACACACCCAGCACAUAGUAGGUGCUCAGAUAUUAAUUUCCUUACCUUCCUUAUCUACCAUGUAGCAUCCAUUUCCCCAUAUGAUUCCAACCCAAGCUAUUGGGUAAAAUUGGAUUUUACUUGGAUAAAGGAAUUCUGACUUUGGUAGAAGUUUUUGGUAGACAGAAAAUAAUAACAGGGAGGAAGGAAUUAUUCUUCAGUAGAGUAUUUUUAGGUUUAGGAAAGAAAGAUGGAAAAUUACUGUGUAACUCUGUCCAGGUGACUUGGAUUGAAACACGUGUUUUUUGUGGAUUUCUUUUCCUCAAAGAACUCUCUAAAUGCAACUUCUUGCUGGAUUCCUCACCCAUCACGUUGGAACCCCUGAUUAGACCAUGUAUUUAGGGAGUUUUGUCAGAAAACAUUUUUAACUUGCAGUAUUUAAAAGAAUCAUAUUUACUGUUCUUAAAAUGUCAUUCAAUGCAUGUAUUGUCUAUUGUUUGGGGAUGGGAACUAGUUUUGCAAAAACACCUAAUGUUGUAUAAUAAUGCCCCAAUGAUCUUGCUGGUUAAAAAUACAGUAUUUUUGGCCAUAAUUUUGUACUACAGUAUUCUUCAUUCUUG